UUCCCCCGUUGGCAAUAAGUGCUGAUUGGGUCCCCAAAGUGAGCUGCUUACAACUUUUAAUAUUUGACUCCUGUGUACUGUCCUGGCUGGUUGUAAAGAGUUGUCUCUCUGAACCUGCUUCAGACGCAAGAAAAUACUUGGUCUGUGUUCUUUUUUUAUUGCACACUUUUUUUGGUGUGUGUGUGUGUGCAAGUAAAACAAAAUAUUUUCCUAAACUUUUUUUGAGGAUGAUCUACUUUGGAUGUUUCCUGUUACUUUGUGGGCUGACACAAGUCAUGGCAAGUUAUCCGAUCUGGUGGUCACUAGCUGUAGGCCAUCAGUACACUUCCCUGGGGACCCAGCCCAUCCUGUGUGGCAGCAUCCCUGGUCUGGUGCCCAAGCAGCUACGCUUCUGCCGGAACUAUGUGGAGAUCAUGCCCAGUGUGGCAGAAGGGGUUAAAAUUGGGAUACAGGAGUGCCAGCACCAGUUUCGGGGCAGGAGGUGGAACUGCACGACGAUUAAUGAUCUGGCUAUCUUUGGACCGGUGCUCGAUAAAGCCACCAGAGAGUCAUCCUUUGUCCACGCCAUCGCUUCAGCAGGAGUGGCCUUCGCGGUCACACGGUCAUGUGCAGAGGGAUCCGCCACCAUCUGCGGCUGUGACACCCGACACAAGGGCCCCCCAGGGGAGGGCUGGAAAUGGGGCGGCUGCAGUGAGGAUGCUGAGUUUGGGAGCAUGGUUUCCCGGGAGUUUGCCGAUGCAAGGGAGAACAGGCCUGACGCCCGCUCUGCCAUGAAUCGACACAACAACGAGGCUGGACGCAUGGUAAGGAAUCUACUUUUAGAUGGUUCAAUUAUCGACCAUAUGCACCUGAAGUGUAAGUGUCACGGCUUGUCGGGUAGCUGUGAGGUGAAGACAUGCUGGUGGUCGCAGCCAGACUUCCGAGUCAUUGGGGACUACCUAAAGGACAAGUACGACAGCUCCUCGGAGAUGGUGGUGGAGAAGCAUCGGGAAUCCAGGGGCUGGGUGGAGACCCUCAGGCCCAAGUUUGCCUUCUUCAAGCCCCCAAUGGAGCGGGAUCUGGUUUACUACGAGAGCUCCCCAAACUUCUGCGAACCUAACCCGGAGACGGGGUCAUUCGGCACCAGGGACCGGAUCUGUAAUGUAACCUCCCACGGAAUCGAUGGAUGUGACCUUCUGUGUUGCGGGCGUGGGCACAACACGAGGACUGAGAAACGAAAAGAGAAGUGCCACUGCAUCUUCCACUGGUGCUGUUACGUGAGCUGUCAAGAGUGUGUACGUGUUUAUGACGUCCAUACCUGCAAAUAGGGUACACAAGAACAGUUUCUACCCCCACCCUUUCCUUCCCAAAAAUAAGACAAAGACGCAAGUCUGAGACUAGGGUGUUUACAGAUGCCUGUGUGAAAACUGGGUAAACUUUUGGUCAAAAAGAAGUUGUGAGAUCAUGGGAAGAAGCUCUAUUUCUUCAAUGCAAGCAAGUGCAUGCAAAAGGAUAUAUGUUUAUGAUGUCAAUCCAAGGAACCUUAAAGCAUAGAUGAUGGCUCUUCAAUUAUACAAAGGUUUUGGAAGUUUGAUUCAUGAAUUGGUAUUAACACUCAAAUGCUCUUAAUUAAAGCCCAGUUGAUAUCACACUUGCAAGGAAGUUGGAAAUACCCCUUAAACACAAGGGAUAUUAUUUUCAAGACCAUGCUGACUGUUUUUCUUGCAGGAACCUAGUGAUUCCAACUUAUUUUGGUCGGACUGUUUAUGAGAGAGCAGCAUUAUGCUCCCGGGAUCUCUUAGAAAAUUAAAAUAUAAGUCUGUCCCUUAGCGCUGUAGGACAUAAUGUAACAUAGUGGAUACAGUUCUUGUUUUAUUCAAGAUGGCAACAAACACAUUGUUCCUGACACAGUACUCUUGAAAAGUCUGCAAUGGACUCAUGCUAUCUUUUGGCAUGUAGCUGUAGCAGUUUAUGUAAUCAUAGCCAAUCAUGGAGAGAGGCUUCUUGUAUUAAUCCUGUGCAAGUUCAUUCAUCUGGUAAUAGAGCAGAGCAAUGAAGUCAGAAGAUUGUUUGAAAUUGUUCCAAAUGUUUUUCUAUUAAAAUGAGUUAACUUUUCUCAAGCAAAUUCAUAAAGCUGAUUUUACAAAGCAUUUUGAUAGCAUAAAGCAUAGCGUUAACCAGCUCCGCAAAUGUGCGUGAGGUAGCACUUUUGCCUGAGAGAAUAUACUGUUUGAAAGGAUAAGGUUUGCUAAAUGUUGGGCUAAUCUAACGAAGUAGCUGUCUCUCUUUAUACCUUUCCACAGAUUAAAUCUGGUUUUAUUUACUUGUGAAACAGUUUUAGUAGUGAUGCACUUGUGCUUGAGCAUGUCAGAAUUACAAUGGUAAACCAACGCAUAAGAACAUGUACUAUACGCUCACCUCAACCUUUUCCCAUUUUAAAUUGUUACACUAAUUCUGGCAUCCAUUUAUGGUAAAGAAAUGGUAAACAGAAGGGAUAUACAGUACAACCUAAGUAUUGUAAUAGAAAUUCCCACUUAAUAUAUCUAUGUAAUUACAAGUGAGCCUGUAUUUAGCACUUACCUGUUGUAAAUCUAAGCUGCUCAACCACAAAUCGAGCUUGAAUCAUGCCUAAAAUAUGGGUCAAGAACUACUAAACUUUAACUUAAGUAUUGCAACAAAAUUAUAUGCUAUAGUGUAUAAUGAUUAUGUAACAGCAAAGUUCCACCAGAUGAUGUUUUUGAAGGCUGUCACUUUGUACAAGAGAAACAAAAUCUGAAAUAAUCACCGCAACUUGAUCAGAUUGUGAAAUGGGAUGAUUAUAGAUUAUUGCCGGACUGCAUCAAAUGUUGCAGUUAAGGAAUUAAAGAGUUAUACACAGACAUUCUCAUCCACAUCUCCUUCUACUUAUACUAUAGCACAGGAUAGGGGACGCUGGGGAAUUGACUUUGUAGCGCAAUGUAUUAGAUCACAAUAAGCACUGCAGUGUUACACAUUCCCUUAUAAUAGAGCUGGAAUAAUAAUCAUUUAAGAAAACAAUCGCCAAAAAAUUGUCAAAAGAAGAAAUCCCAUUUUAAUGUAAUGCCACCCACACCAUGAUAAUUUACUUUAAAAUGCUGUUUCUUACCCCAUACAUUAAUUGGAUGCAAAGGUUCACAACCAUGCUUGCUAGAAAAAACAGUGGGGCACCCUCAAGUGCCUCCAGAGGCAAUAGGCCUGUCAGAAAUUUGAACCCCUCCCUCUUUGAAUGCUGCUAUCCAACCCUAGCUAUCAUUAUAAAAUAUAUAAAUAUAUAUAUUUUCUUUCUAUGAAAGAAAUCAUGUAGAAAUAGUUUUGAAAAAAGAUGUGAAGUUUUGUACUAAUUCACUUUUCAUAUAUGAUAUGUAUAUGUUAACAAUAUAGACAGAAUUUAAAAGUGUUGCCUGUUUGUGAGAUUCAGAUGCUUGAAGCUACAUUAUACAUAAACACUGGAAUCUAUGAAUUUUACUUAUAAUUCUAUUUAUAAAAGCUAGUCUAUUUUUAAGCUUAAUGAAAUGUAAUGCAACUUGUAUGUUAAGCUAAGUAUUUUUUUCUUUUAGCAAAUUAUUUCACAAGCACCUGACAUUUUAAGUAGCAAGGAAUUAGAUUGUUUUUUUUUCUCUAAUUUGCAUCAUUAGUUUCUAUAAGCAUAAGUAAUAGAUUAGAUGUACCUGACCAUAAAGCAACACUUUUAAUUAAAAUUACUACAUUAAUGUUUGUAGUCUCUUUUUUAAAACUUGUUUUCUCCUCUUUACAAAACGGUGCAUGUAUUUUAAUGUCCUAAAAUCCAAAGUUUUGUACAAACUAGUUUGUGACUUCUUUUUUUGUAUUUCUAAAGUCUGAUGUUUUUUGUAUGAUUAUUUAUUUUAUGAAAAAUGUAUAUAUUAGUAAGUAAGAGUAUAUAUUUGCAGAAAAAAAAUAACUUGUCGGGACAGUGUUGUUACUUUACCACUGUAACUGUUACCUCAAUGUCUGUUUUUCACUGACAUCACAUUAGAUAUAGUGUGUGUCUGCAACUGUCUGUAAUAGGCUGAUAGAUGUUAACUUUGGAAUAACAAUUAAAAAAAAUGUUUAUGCAUAA